CCAUCUUCGAAGGAUCGCUAGACUUCUUGCCGGGCAUGUUCGCCACUAUCUUGUUGGCUCUUUCUACCGCCAUCCUCGCGCGUGCCAUCUGGUUCAUCAUCACGCGCUUCUUCCUCCGAAGUUCUUUGGAUGAGAUUCCAGGCCCGGCGCCGCAAUCUCUCUUCUCGGGUAAUUUCCUCCAAUUGUUCCACGAGGAUGCGUGGGCAUUUCACGACGAGCUCGCGGACAGAUAUGGGAACAUCGUGCGGACGACUGGACUUCUCGGGGAGAGAGAGCUUUACGUGGCUGACCCGAAGGCGCUUCAACAUGUCCUUCUCAAGGACCAGGAAAUCUGGGAAGAGCAUCCCCAAUUCAUUUCUGAUAAUUACUUGUUCUUUGGUGAAGGGCUCCUGGCCACUAUUGGUGCCCGGCAUAAGAAACAACGCAAACUCAUGAACCCCGUCUUCUCGACCGCACAUAUGCGUAACAUGAUUCCUAUCUUCCAGGAAACUGUUGGCCGUCUUCGCACAACGCUUGAGGAUCUCACAAAGAACGGCCCGCAAGAGGUCGACAUGCUGCACUGGAUGGGACGGACCGCGAUGGAGCUCAUUGGUCGCAGCGGUCUCGGGUUCUCAUUUGAUUCUCUCGCGGUCGAUGAUCCAGGGCACCCUGCUGCCGCCUGCUUCAAGGAGGUCCUACCUUCCGCAUCCAAAGGCUUGAUGAUGUUCUGGCGUGCAUACCUUCUUCCCCACGUUUACAGACUGGGUCCCCCCUGGAUUCGCCGCGCCAUCGUGGACCUCAUCCCGUCGCGUGAUCUCCAUAGCGUGCGGGAUAAGAUCGACACGAUCUGGGCCACUUCGCAGGAGAUCUACGCGCAGAAGAAGGCGGCGCUGUCCUCCGGUGAUGAAGCUGUGAAGCAGCAGAUUGGCCUCGGCAAGGAUAUUUUGAGCUUGUUGAUUCGCGCGAACAUGAAGACGGACGAUCCUUUGGACGAGACAGAGCUCCUGGGACAGAUGUCCACUCUGAUAUUCGCGGCAACGGAUACGACUUCCUCUGCUCUGUCACAGAUCUUCUAUCUUCUCGCGCAACAUCCAGACGUCCAGAAUCGCAUCAGGCAAGAGCUUCGUACAGUCAAGGAGGCCGCCGGCAACGAGAUGACCUAUGACGAUUAUGAGGCACUCACUUACAUGGACGCCGUCAUCCGAGAGACGCUUCGUGUCUACCCGCCUCUCACCCUUCUCAAGCGCAAGGCUAACAAAGACGUGAUCCUCCCCUUCGGCAAGCCCAUCACUGGCGCAGAUGGCCGCGAAUUGUCCGAGGUCCAUGUCCCCGCCGGCUCGUCCGUGAUCAUCUCCGUCAUCAACGCCAGCCGGAGCAAGGAAAUAUGGGGCGCUGACGCGCUGGAGUGGAAGCCAGAACGAUGGCUGUCGCCGCUCCCAGAUUCGAUCACGAGCGCCCAUAUGCCUGGCAUCUACAGCAACCUACUUACCUUCCUGGGCGGCGGGCGCGCGUGCAUUGGCUUUAAGUUCUCGCAGCUUGAGAUGAAGGUCGCCCUUGCUGAGAUUCUGGACGCCUUCCAGCUUGCUCCUAGCGCGAAGGCGGUGAAGUGGCGCAUGGGGAACAUCAGUACCGCGUGUGUUGAGGGCGAGCCGGAUGUGUCGCAGCUUCCAGUGAUGCUCUCUAGAGCCAACUGAGGCCCAAGCCACCGCUAUCGAAGUACUGCCAUGAGUUUUCCGUAUUCCCAUUGUCAGCAUCAAUCUACUUUUGUAACGCGGCCUCGAGAGCAUCGGCAAGGCGACAUGUUGUUUAUACCAAUGUGCCCCCUCCCCUCGAUCACGUUUCCGUAUCGUAUUUCCCUCGACGACAUCGUCCCCUUCUACGACAUCUACGAUAAUCGCCAAACCGACGUCGAGAAGGUCUUUAUAGAGACGCAGCUCUAGCCCGC